UGUACAAGUUAAAACUGGUUGGAUCCAGAUCUGUCUUUAACCCUUAGCUUUCCCAUGGGGGUGAGGGACAAGCGCGCAACAUGUGCGGACAAAAGUAAAGCGGGUUGAGCAGUUUAAACACGAGGAACUAGUUUCUAUGCUGCGAGUAGGAGCGCACAGAAAUGGUGCUGUGUGGACCAACUUUCUUGGGGCCUAACGUGUACACAAAGCCCCCAGAUGGAGGCUGGGGGUGGGUGGUGGCCGUGGUCUUUUUCCUGGUGGAGCUUUUCACCUAUGGCACCAUCAAGAUCUUUGGGAUUUUCCUCCAAGUGUUGAUGGAGGAAUUUGGAGAGAGCAACAGUCGGGUGUCCUGGAUUGUUUCCAUCUGUGUCUUUGGCAUGACCUUCAACGGUCCUCUUUCCUCCAUGCUGACUAAUCGCUAUGGGUUCCAACUCGUCGUCAUGACCGGAGGUGUACUGAUCUCCUCGGGAACCAUCACUACAAGCUUCGCCUCUUCCGUCAAUCAAAUGUACAUCACUUACGGCCUAGUGGCAGGUCUCGGCUACUGCUUGACAUUUUUACCCACGGUGACGAUACUCUCACAUUAUUUUUCACGACGACGAUCACUAGUCAUCGCCGUGGCGUCCACCGGAGAGGCCCUGUCCAUGUUUGCUCUCGCCCCGGCCUUCUCCUCUCUGAGGGAUCUUAUCGGCUGGCGUCGCACCAUGGCGAUGAUCGGAGCUUUGCAGGGAACCAUCAUUAUUUGCGGCGCUCUACUGCGGCCAAUCAUCAUCCUACCACAAAAAAUACAAGAGACAGAGACUUCUGGAUCUUCUCCAAAGAACGAAGAAGCCCAAAGCACAGACUUGAUUGGACAAGAUUUUGUGAGAAACUGUCCCGUUGAGAAGGUCAACUGCAACCCAGAGGAGAAGACUUUACUAACAAAGGAAGUGAGGCCAGAUGUGCAGCCAAGUCUGAAAAAUAACUUCGAUCCAGCUCAAGGGCAGAAGAACGAUGUCGAAGUUGAUGAGAAACCUUCGAAGUUCAAACUUCUGGAUUUCUCCAUCCUCAAAGAGUGCAGCUUCAUCUUGUACUCGCUCUUCGGACUGUUUGCCACGCUGGGCUUCUUCGCCCCUCAACUCUACAUCAUCGAGCUGACCGUCAGUCGAGGUGUGGAGCGCGAUCGCGCCACCUACAUGCUCUCCACCAUGGCGGUGGCUGAAAUCCUCGGUCGAUUCUUCAUCGGAUGGGUCCUGACACUGAAUCGAAUCCAGAAUCGGAAGCUUCUCGUCCUCCUGGUUUGUGUGAUUUCCAUGACUGUGGACCUGGUGGGAUUUACUCUAGUCACGGAAUUCUACGGGCUAGCGGUAUGCUGCGCUGUCUACGGGUUCUUCAUGGGAACCCUUGCGUGCACGCACAUUCCCAUGCUGGCAGAAGAUGACGUGGUGGGAUUGGAAAGAAUGUCCUCUGCUGCUGGAGUUUACGUUUUCAUACAGAGCUUUGCCGGCCUGGCUGGACCCCCACUCGGAGGUGUGUUAGUGGACGUGACAGAGAACUACGGGUCGGCCUUCUACUCCUGCGCAGCUGGCAUGGCGGUGAGCGCCGUGUUCUUAGGCUUAGUGAGACCUGCCAAGAAAGGACGACUUUGCACGAAGAGAACAUUCAAACCAAAUAAUGACACGCCUCAUAUUGUGACAGAAGGCGUCAAUGAAGCGGAAAAGCUCACAGGCAGUACCGACGUUAGCGCCGAGGCGCACGAAGAACGACAAUCAUAAAGACAUCAGUCACGUAGCCUGACAUGCGGGUUCGACAUGUCGCUUGAACAUGCUGGCAAAGCUCAUUUACGUCCUCACCAAUCCUGUUUUGUGUGAGUGUCUGAUUAAAGUGCUCGCUGAGAUAUGAUGGCAUCUUCAAAAUGUUGGACAAACACAUAAAACAGGAAUAGUAAGAGGAUAGAUGAGCUUUGCCAGCAAUCUAUGAUACAUACCAGAUAUAUAAAAAAAGUGUUUCUUUCUAGAGUAUUGUUGAAAUGGCUUGAAUUUACAAAAAUAUUUGGAAUAGUCUUUGAAGAAGAAUUACCGUUUUUUUCCAUGUAUAAUGCGCAAAAUUUAACUAAUUUAUUGUCCUAAAAUCUGGGGUGCGCAUUAUACAUGGUUACAAUCUUUUUUUUUUUAUCUGGAUAUCAUUCGGAGGCCGCCAUUACAGAUGCGCUUUCUUCUCUGCUGUUCACUUCAAACACGCUCCAUACGAACACAAUGCUCUCGUAUCAGACGCCUGCUCGUUUGCUGUCACAAUCUACCCUACACAAAUCCGAAACAUUUCUUCACUAUUGAGUUUGCUAGCGCAUGCGCAGUGAUACUGACCGGCAGAAUAACAUCCGGUUGUUCUCAAAGAUGAUCUUUUUUCUGAAAUAAUUUUAUGUUUACGGACUUAAGUAGGAGUCAAAAUUUGGGUGCGUAUUAUACAUGGGUACAUGCCAUUUUUAGGGUGCGUAUUAUACAUGGGGGCGCAUUAUACAUGGAAAAAAACGGUACCAUCUAAUAAUGUGAAGCCAAUGUAGCAGCAAAUACUGUACAUGAAAUUGCACAUGUAUGUAACAUUAACUCUUAUGUUUGUGUUACUUCCGCCAAGCUCAGGAGACUCGUAUGAUUGAUUUUUUUUUUUAAUCAAAGCGCACAUGAGAUGUCAAAGAUGCACUAUUUUUGUAAGAAAAAUAUGCUAGCAAUAAAGCAAUAAUGUUUUUACUCUUUAAA